AUGUUUAUGUUAUAUAAACUGAGACGCAGAUACUUGCUCGAAAACACGGAUAGCGGUGUUGACGACGCUUUGGCCAUAAUGUUGGCCACGUAUUGCCACAAACACAAUAUGAUUGACAUAAUGGCCAUCACUUGUCAAUUCGGUAAUACAUAUGUCGAUAAUGUGAUUAAAAAUGUCGGCUAUACUCUCAAUGCAAGUGAAUUAGAAGGAAUAAAGAUAUACAGGGGUUCUGAUGGACCUAUUGUUGGCAAAUAUGUUUCCGACGAUUACUACGGAAUCGAUGGUUUGGGAAACUCUACACUAGAUAUGCCUCCCAUUGAUGUACACGUAGAGAGUGUACACGCGGUCAAUGCGUUGGUACGACUGGCCAGAGAGCACCCGAAGCAAAUCACCUUGAUCGCUUUGGGGCCCUUAACUAAUAUAGCGCUCGCAUAUAUGUUGGACAACAAAUUCUUUGACAAUCUAAAGGAAAUUGUUUUUAUGGGCGGAACUCUUGACUUCGACGGCAAUUCAGAUCCUGUGAAAAGUUUUAACAUAAAUUCUGACGUCGAAGCCAUAAGUAGAGUGUUAUUGAGUGCCAACUGUGCCAUCACUGUUGUCCCUAAUGAAUGUUGCAAGAAACACGUUCUUACCUGGUCCAUUUACGACCAAAUAGUGAAAUUGGGUUCAAAGAAAUCAAAAUUUAUGAAACAGAUAACGGAUAUGGAGGUUAAACGCAUGGAAGAGCUUGAAUACAAGACAAGCGUUGAAUUGAAUGGAGGGCUAACUCGAGGAGAACUCGUGUUCGACAAGAGGUCGACACCCGAUGUCCUGAAGAAUGACUGGAAAUCAGUUCAAAUUAUCAAACACUUUAACGACACAAAAAUUAUGCAAGUUCUGUUAUAUACAGUGCUUUUGUGGGCACAGAUAGCACUGACCAUAUGUAAGGCAUCAAAACCAAUGGUAAUAAUAGACACGGAUAGCGGUGUUGACGACGCGUUAGCCAUAAUGUUGGCCACGUAUUGCCACAAACAAAAUAUGAUAGACAUUGCGGCCAUCACUUGUCAAUUCGGUAAUACAUAUGUCGAUAAUGUGGUCAAAAAUGUCGGCUAUACUCUCAAUGCCAGUGAAUUAGAAGGAAUAAAGAUAUACAGGGGUUCUGACGGACCAAUUGUUGGCAAAUAUGUUUCCGACGAUUACUACGGAAUCGAUGGUUUGGGAAACUCUACACUAGAUAUGCCUCCCAUUGAUGUACACAUAGAGAGUGAACACGCGGUCAAUGCGUUGGUACGACUGGCCAGAGAGCACCCGAAGCAAAUCACCUUGAUCGCUUUGGGACCCUUAACUAAUAUAGCGCUCGCAUAUAUGUUGGACAACAAAUUCUUUGACAAUCUAAAGGAAAUUGUUUAUAUGGGCGGUAGUAUUGACUUCGGGGGUAAUAUGGGUCCGGGAAAAGAGUUUAAUGUUUUGUCCGAUGUGGAAGCUGUGAGUAGAGUGCUAUCCAGUGCCAAAUGUCCCAUCACUAUAGUGCCCAUUGAGUGUUGUGAUAGACAUGUACUUACCUGGGAUCUUUACGACCAAAUAGUGAAAUUGGAUUCAAAGAAAUCAAAGUUUAUGAAACUGGUAACAGAUAUGGAGGUAAAGCGACUCAAAGAGCAGCCGGGAUCUAAAGGCAUAACAAUGUAUGACAUUCUGGCAAUAAUGGCACCCAUUUAUGAAGACUAUAUUGAAUCUAAAGCUGAAUACAAGACAAGUAUUGAAUUAAAUGGAGGGAUAACUCGAGGAGAACUCGUGUUUGACAAGAGGUCAACACCCGAUGUCCUGAAGAAUGACUGGAAAUCAUCAAGCAACACGGAUAGCGGUGUCGACGACGCGUUGGCCAUAAUGUUGGCCACGUAUUGCCACAAACACAAUAUGAUUGACAUAAUGGCCAUCACUUGCACUCACGGCAUGACAAACGUGGAUAAUGUAUGCAAAAAUGUUUGCCUCGCUUUAAGAGCUGGCGAGUUAGAGGUCUACAGGGGCUGUGAGGGCCCAAUACUGGGUCACUAUAUACCAAAUGAUUGGGACGGAGCGGACGGUUUGGGUGACUCUACCAAAGACAUGCCACCCAUUGAUGUACACAUAGAGAGUGAAUACGCGGCCAAUGCAUUGGUACGACUGGCCAGAGAGCACCCAAAACAGAUCACACUUAUCACGUUAGGCCCGCUGUCCAACAUUGGCACCGCUUAUAUACUGGACAAUCAUUUCUUUGACAAUUUGCGUGAAAUUGUGUUUAUGGGCGGAACCGUUGACUAUACGGGAAAUAUAGGACCCGUACAAGAGUUUAAUGUUCAGAGAGAUCCCGAGGCCUGCGCUAUAAUGCUGUCCAAUGCCAAGUGUGGGCUUAUGUCUGUCGCCUGGGAGUGUGGCCUAAGCAAUAUAAUGACUUGG